AUGGUCGAGGUCUACGGAACUAACGACCCCGCAUUCGAGCCUGUACGGGAGCUUUUGCAGAAACAACUCUCUUCAGGAGACGAACUAGGUCUAUCCCUCUUCGUGAAUAUAGACGGCAAGGAUGUCCUCGAUUUGUGGGGUGGUCAUACCGACGUGCCUAAGACUAAACCUUGGCACAAGGACACUAUUGCGCUGGUUUGGUCCUGCUCCAAGGUAGUCACCAACUUUGCCACCAUGCUGCUUGUCGAUCGCGGCCAACUAGAUGUGAAUGAAAAAGUUGCGACAUACUGGCCUGAAUUCGCAGCCAAUGGUAAAGAGAACAUUACAGUGGCCCAUGUUCUCAGCCACACAUCCGGGGUCCCCGCGUGGGAGAGCCCCGUGACUUUUGAAGAGCUCUGUGACAACAAAGCUGCUACCGAGAAACUUGCGAGUCAAGCCCCCUGGUGGACUCCUGGUGAGAGAAGUGGCUAUCAACUUUCCAAUCAAGGCCAUAUGGUUGGCGAGGUUAUCCGUCGGAUUACAGGGAAAACCUUAGAGCAGUUUGUCGCGGAUGAGAUUACCCGUCCCUUGGAUGCGGAUUUCCAGUAUGGAGUACCGGAAGAUCAAUGGCAUCGCACGGCGGAUCUCGUCCCACCCCCAGCUCUGCCCAUUGGAAGUCUUGACCCCGCUAGCAUUGUAGCCAGAGCUAUUAUGGGAUCUCCCUUUCCCGCUGAGAUUACAACGGCGCCGCCGUUCAGGAAGGCUGUGAUGGGCGCGACCAACGGAUUUAGUAAUGCUCGUGCGCUAGCCCGAAUUGGUUCCAUUGUUUCUCUCGGUGGCACUGUUGAUGACAAGCGCAUCGUGGAUCCGAGUACUAUUGAUACAUUCCUGGAAGAACAGGUUCAAGGUCAUGAUCUUGUCACUUCCGAUUUCGUUCGAUUCGCUCUCGGGGUAGCUCUAUCUGAUUCUCGGACUCGUUCUUGGAUCCCAGAAGGCGACAUUUGCUAUUGGGGAGGAUGGGGCGGCUCGAUCAUCAUCAUGGAUCGUGAACGACGAAUGACGAUUUCUUACGUUAUGAAUCGCAUGGCUGGAGGUGGCACCAUUGGAAAUGACAAUACUGAGGCAUACGUCAAAGCGAUAUAUGAAGUUGUGAACAAGAUGUCUAUAUGA